AUGAAUAGGGAUUUCAAUGUAUCAAGUACAGUUGAAGAUGUUCUCCACGUGGUUGCUUCCAUGCGCAGCAAUGGAGAAUUUAUGGAGCGUUGCACUAAUGGAAGCCACUUUUGGGAGCUAUUCUACCGCCGAGAGCACGCCAAAGUGUUCCGCUACAUGGACUACAAUCUACCAAUGGUCCUGAUCGUCGAAUUCACCCACAAAGUGUAUCUAUUCAUGUGGACCUUCAUGGAUCUGUUCAUAACCCUGGUCAGCAUGGGCCUUUCGGUACGAUUCGAGCAGCUGUACAAUCGGAUAGAACACCAUAAGGGUAAAAUUUUGCCGGAAGUCUUUUGGGCAGAAAUUCGUCACGAUUACACUCGGAUUUCAAAUCUGGUCGGCUACAUGGAUCGAGUGCUGUCUCCAAUGGUUGUCAUCACUUGUGCGUCCGAUAUCUACUUCAUAGCCUAUCAACUCUACAUGUCGGUCCAAUUGAGUGUAGCCAAAUUUGGAGUGUUUUAUUUUCGUUAUUCAUUAAGUUAUCUGAUAUUGAGAUCACUGCUGAUGUUACUCUCCUCAUCGCACGUUUAUGUAGCCUCCCGAAAGCCUUUGGCCAUUCUUCGUUCGGUUCCGAUGUCGUCUUGGAAUAUCACUAUCCAACGAUUCACCAAUGAAAUAAAAAACAUAGACAAUGCUUUGUCCGGACAUAAGUUUUUCUUUCUAAAACGUGGUGUAAUUUUGGCUAUGGCUGGAACACUAAUUACAUACGAGCUGGUUAUGCUGAGCGAGGUGAAGCCGAACAGUAAUGGAGACAUUUGUGACAUACCAGAUCGGUUGUAAGGAAUACUUAUCCUGAUGAGGAUCCUGAUCACACAUUCAAUU